GCGAGAGAUGAGGUGGGCUUCCUCGUUUAUGUGGAGGCCUUAAAAUGAAGCCAUAUGUGCACUCGAUGCGGACCUUCUACACCUUCUUUCUUUUAAAAGCGAGAGUGAAAGGUAAAUGGCGACGACGCCAGCACCAUCAAUGCACCAUCUGACGAGGGCCAUGGCUAGCGACGCGGCGGGCGCCGGCGCCCGGCGGAUUCUCGUGUGCGGGGGCGGCGUGAUUGGCAUCUGCACCGCCUUUUUCCUUGCGAAGAAGGGUGCCUCUGUGGGCCUCGUAGAGAAGUCCGCCAUUGCCUGUGCGGCUUCUGGAAAGGCCGGUGGCUUCCUUGCCCUCGACUGGUGUGACGGAAGCCCCCUUGGUCCCCUUGCUCGUGCAAGCUUUCGCCUCCAUCAAACCCUGGCCCAAGAGCUUGAUGGCCCUAGAGCCUAUGGUUACCGCCCCCUCAACGCGCUGAGCCUCACUUUCAGCGAACAACCAAAUGCUUACAAAGUGGUGGCGGGUGGCGUGUCUCCAUGGAUUGAUGGCCCUGUCCGACGCCUAUCCACUAUUGGCACCCCUGAGACCACUGCCCAGGUUCACCCCAAGCUGUUCUCGGAGACGCUUCUGAGAGCGGCCAGAGACCGAUAUGGGGUGGAGGUGGUGAUGGGGGAGGUUGAGAGUGUGGAGGUGGAGGGUGGGCGUGUUCGGGGAGUGCUGGUGGGUGGUGAGCUCCUCCCUGCGGAUGCAGUCGUGUUGGCACUCGGUCCAUGGUCGAAUAGGCUUCCGCUCUUAUCUUCCAUUUUCCGGGUGUCAGGGGUGAAGGCGCAUAGCAUCGUCCUCGAGCCCCAUGAUCCCAAAGCCAUCACACCGCAUGCCUUGUUCCUUCGAUACAUAACUGCCCAGGGAGUGGAGAUCGACCCCGAGGUGUACCCUAGACCUACUGGGGAAGUCUAUGUUUGUGGGAUGUCGGAAACAACAGAGGUACCGGAUGAUCCCCAACAAAUCACGCCAAAGGAGGAGUCGGUGGCGAUGUUGCACAGGGUGGCAGCUACAGUGUCAAGCCAUCUGAGAGGGGCACAGGUGAAGGAAGAGCAGGCCUGCUUCUUGCCUUGUUCAGAGGACGGGCACCCCAUCAUAGGGAGGGUGCCCAAUGUUGGGGGGGUGUAUGUUGCCACUGCACACAGCUGUUGGGGCAUACUCAAUGGGCCGGCCACGGGUGCAGCCCUGGCUGAGUUGAUCUUGGAGGGCAGGGCCUCCAUUGUGGAUUUGGAGCCCUUUAAUCCUGGAAGGUUCAUUUGAUCAUGCUUUCAACAGGGAAGACUACAGUCGUUGGAGCUUUCUGAUGGCAAGUGUUUCAAGUAGCUCUUUGGUUGGGUGUUCUUGUGCUACAUUUACACACAGGAUAAUGAGGGUGAAGCUGCAUGGCUCAAUAAGCAAGAGGACCCAUGCCCCUACUGUCAAUUUCUGCUUUUCUGUUCGUGUUUUCUCCUUUAUCCUCCCAUUUUAAUCUUUCUUCAGUCCCUGAUGUACAUGUCUCCAUUUGUAUUUAAUCUCUGAGAAUAACUUAGAUGCACACGCUUACAC